AUGGCUGCCACAGUCUCAAGUGUUGGAACUGUGAACAGAACACCGAUGAGCUUGAACAGCUCUGGUUCUGGAAGCUCAAUCCCAAGCUCAGCUUUCUUGGGCAGCAGUUUGAAGAAAGUCAGCUCUAGAGUCCCCUACCAAAAGAUUGUAUCUGCAGGUAAAUUAAAAAUUACUGCGGAAACUGAUGAUGAGGAGAAGCAGACCAAAAAGGACAAGUGGAGUGGCCUUGCCUACGAUAUUUCUGAUGACCAACAAGACAUAACAAGAGGAAAGGGAUUGGUUGAUUCUAUCUUCCAAGCUCCCCAGGGGACUGGGACUCACUAUGCUGUCAUGAGCUCGUAUGAAUACAUUAGCACGGGACUACGAGAAUACAACUAUGACAACACCAUGGAUGGGUUUUAUAUUGCUCCAGCUUUCAUGGACAAGCUUGUGGUUCAUAUCACCAAAAACUUCAUGAGCCUGCCUAACAUUAAGGUUCCUCUCAUUCUUGGUAUAUGGGGAGGCAAAGGUCAGGGUAAAUCGUUCCAAUGUGAGCUUGUGUUUGCCAAGAUGGGAAUUACCCCUAUCAUGAUGAGUGCUGGAGAAUUAGAAAGUGGGAAUGCAGGAGAGCCUGCAAAGUUGAUCAGACAAAGGUACCGCGAGGCUGCAGACAUCAUCAGGAAAGGAAAAAUGUGUGCCCUCUUCAUCAAUGAUCUUGAUGCAGGUGCUGGUAGGAUGGGUGGAACUACACAGUACACUGUGAACAACCAGAUGGUGAAUGCCACUCUCAUGAACAUUGCUGAUAACCCAACAAAUGUGCAGCUUCCUGGUAUGUAUAACAAGGAGGACAAUCCCAGAGUCCCCAUUAUAGUCACCGGUAACGACUUCUCCACAUUGUAUGCUCCUCUCAUUCGUGACGGUCGUAUGGAGAAAUUUUACUGGGCUCCCACUAGGGAAGACCGGAUUGGGGUUUGCACGGGAAUCUUCAAGCCUGACAAUGUUAGUGCGGAUGAUGUUGUUAAGAUUGUUGACACAUUCCCUGGUCAAUCUAUUGACUUCUUUGGUGCUCUAAGGGCUCGAGUUUACGAUGAUGAAGUGAGGAAGUGGGUAUCAGGUGUUGGGGUAGAUGGCAUUGGGAAGAAGCUUGUGAACUCAAAAGAAGGUCCCCCAACUUUUGAACAGCCUAAAAUGACAGUGGAGAAGCUCCUUCACUAUGGUCAAAUGCUGGUUCAGGAGCAGGACAAUGUGAAGAGAGUUCAACUGGCUGACAAGUACUUGAGUGAUGCAGCCCUUGGAGAUGCAAACCAGGACGCCAUUAAGAGAGGAGAAUUCUAUGGCAAGGCAGCCCAGCAAAUUAAAGUACCUGUCCCUGAAGGCUGUACUGAUCCAUCAGCUGCAAACUUUGACCCAACAGCUAGGAGUGACAAUGGUAGUUGUCAAUAUGAGUAA